GAAAAUGAUUUUUAAUCGACUUUAUUUUCGAAAAUCUUUAAAUUUAUUUUUGAAUACCAAAUCAUUAGCUGUCAAAAAUUUUGCUUAUUUGUCGACUGGACAUGAACAUUUUCUUAGUUUUGUGCCGGAAUUAAGAGUUGGAAUUGAAAAUGAUGGAAAAACAAAAAUUGAUUUUGAGAAACUUAAUGAAAAGGUCCUUCUUGUCUACUUCUCUGCUGGAUGGUGUGCGACUUGUAAAGGUUUUACUCCUUUAUUGAAGAAAUUAUAUAAUCAGUCGAAGGAUGAUUUGGCUAUUUUGUGGAUAUCUAGAGGUGGAAACAAUGUUUUUAAAAAAUAA